AUGAUUGUCGCCUACAACGUCCCGGUCGUACCCUUAACUCCUGACACCAGCCAAGGUGAUACUCAAGACGACUCCCACCUCUCCGAAGCACCUAAAGAUGAUCGAAACGGGAAUUUCCGAGACCAGCUGGAGGAGUGCUACCGUAAGCUCCAACAAUUGGAGUGCGAGAUCUCAGAAAGCCGACACAAUGAAUCGAAACUUGAGCAACGCCUGAAAGUCCUCGAAGCACAACUCAAGACGAAGUCCGCUGCUCUUGACAAGCAGGAAGACUCCAAAUCGAAGGAUACAGUUUCACUGAUCCAGACAGAUGCAAAACCCACGACUUCAAAAUCAAGUAUGGAACUGGCAGAUGCCUUCAUUAUUGAUCCAGAGUCGGGGAAGCCAGUUGCAUGCUCAAUGCUUGUCUACUUUGUCGCGUCCGAGCAGCGGAAAAUGAUGGACAACUUCCGCGUCUGGCACAUUGAGAUGGAUUAUGUGUUGAAGGUCUUUCGCGCCAACCUGGAGGCGAGAGGUUGCGAAGUUCCCCGCUCUGCAUUUCUCUGCCGAUAUGAUACCAUGGAACCAAUUCUCAGCAACAGUAACUUUGGCAACAGCAUAGUUGAGAUGUAUGAGCGCAACAGCAAAGGACAGAUGGCAUGGUGUCUGUGUACGAAAGCGCAACGCCAGGCUUUUUUGAAUGAUACACAGAGACCCCGUCUUGGUCGUCUGGCAGUUGAUUAG